GGAAGUCACAGAUUGACGUGAUUCCCUGUAUGUUGUUUUAUUUUCCUUCUUUUUUGUGUAUAAGAACGAAAAAUCGUCAUUCAGUGACCGCUGUAACAAUGAAAGAUUAACAUGAUGUGUGAACAUACUGUCUCGUGACGCAGCAGGCUGGAUCAGUUUGAACGCUUUUGAUGCAUGCUGUAGGAUGUUGUUCCACUAUGUUUAACUGAACAGCAGAGAGAGACAAGAAACCUCUAACCUGAAGAAUCUGAUUAAGUUUCACUGAAGACACACAGGCACCCAUCUGAACAAUCAGGGGUGGAAUUAAAACACAGAUCUUAAAGAUUAGCUGGAGCUAAAGAAUAAUGAAAUCACACAUCUGAAAGUUCAGCAAAAAAGAGAAGAAUGAAAACACACAUCUGAAAGAUUGGCUAGAGAAAGAGAAGGAUGAAAUCGCACAUCUGAAAGAUCAGCUAGAGAAAGAGAAGGAUGAAAACACACAUCUGAAAGAUCAGCUAGAGAAAGAGAAGGAUGAAAACACACAUCUGAAAGAUUGGCUAGAGAAAGAGAAGGAUGAAAUCACACAUCUGAAAGAUCAGCUAGAGAAAGAGAAGGAUGAAAACACACAUCUGAAAGAUCAGCUAGAGAAAGAGAAGGAUAAAAUGGCAUAUCAGAAAGAUCAGCUAGAGAAGGAGAAGGAUGAAAUCACACAUCUGAAAGAUCAGCUAGAGAAAGAGAAGAAUGAAAUCACACAUCUGAAAGAUUGGCUAGAGAAAGAGAAUGAUGAAAACACACAUCUGAAAGAUCAGCUAGAGAAAGAGAAGAAUGAAAACACACAUCUGAAAGAUUGGCUAGAGAAAGAGAAGGAUGAAAACACACAUCUGAAAGAUCAGUUAGAGAAAGAGAAGGAUGAAAACACACAUCUGAAAGAUCAGCUAGAGAAAGAGAAGGAUGAAAUCACACAUCUGAAAGAUCAGCUAGAGAAAGAGAAGAAUGAAAACACACAUCUGAAAGAUCAGCUAGAGGAAGAGAAGAAUGAAAACACACAUCUGAAAGAUCAGCUAGAGAAAGAGAAGAAUGAAAACACACAUCUGAAAGAUCAGCUAGAGAAAGAGAAGGAUGAAAUCACACAUCUGAAAGAUCAGCUAGAGAAAGAGAAGGAUGAAAACACACAUCUGAAAGAUCAGCUAGAGGAAGAGAAGAAUGAAAACACACAUCUGAAAGAUCAGCAAGAGAAAGAGAAAAAUGAAAACACACAUCUGAAAGAUCAGCUAGAGAAAGAGAAGAAUGAAAUCACACAUCUGAAAGAUCAGUUAGAGAAAGAGAAGGAUGAAAACACACAUCUGAAAGAUCAGCAAGAGAAAGAGAAGAAUGAAAACACACAUCUGAAAGAUCAGCUAGAGAAAGAGAAGAAUGAAAACACACAUCUGAAAGAUCAGCUAGAGGAAGAGAAAAAUGAAAACACACAUCUGAAAGAUCAGCUAGAGGAAGAGAAGAAUGAAAACACACAUCUGAAAGAUCAGCUAGAGAAAGAGAAGGAUGAAAACACACAUCUGAAAGAUCAGCUAGAGAAAGAGAAGGAUGAAAACACACAUCUGAAAGAUCAGCUAGAGAAAGAGAAGAAUGAAAACACACAUCUGAAAGAUCAGCUAGAGAAAGAGAAGAAUGAAAACACACAUCUGAAAGAUCAGUUAGAGAAAGAGAAGAAUGAAAACACACAUCUGAAAGAUCAGCUAGAGGAAGAGAAGAAUGAAAACACACAUCUGAAAGAUCAGCUAGAGAAAGAGAAGGAUGAAAUCACACAUCUGAAAGAUCAGCUAGAGAAAGAGAAGGAUGAAAACACACAUCUGAAAGAUCAGCUAGAGAAAGAGAAGGAUGAAAACACACAUCUGAAAGAUCAGCUAGAGAAAGAGAAGGAUGAAAACACACAUCUGAAAGAUCAGUUAGAGAAAGAGAAGAAUGAAAACACACAUCUGAAAGAUCAGCAAGAGAAAGAGAAAAAUGAAAACACACAUCUGAAAGAUCAGCUAGAGAAAGAGAAGGAUGAAAACACACAUCUGAAAGAUCAACUGGAGAAAGAGAAAAAUGAAAACACACAUCUGAAAGAUCAGUUAGAGAAAGAGAAGAAUGAAAACACACAUCUGAAAGAUCAGUUAGGGGAAGAGAAGAAUGAAAACACACAUCUGAAAGAUCAGCUAGAGAAAGAGAAGAAUGAAAUCGCACAUCUGAAAGAUCAGCUAGAGAAAGAGAAGGAUGAAAUCACACAUCUGAAAGAUCAGCUGGAGAAAGAGAAGGAUGAAAACACACAUCUGAAAGAUCAACUGGAGAAAGAGAAGGAUGAAAUCACACAUCUGAAAGAUCAGCUGGAGAAAGAGAAGGAUGAAAACACACAUCUGAAAGAUCAGCUGGAGAAAGAGAAGAAUGAAAACACACAUCUGAAAGAUCAACUGGAGAAAGAGAAGACUGAAAACACACAUCUGAAAGAUCAGCUGAAUUUAGAGUUGAAUGAAAAAUGUAAACGUUUGGAAGAUACAGAGAAACUUCUUGAUGAAAGAGAUGCACAAAUUAAAGAUCUUGAGAGGAGCAAAGAAACGGCUUUAGAGGAAAAGGACAAACUUUUAAAUAAAUCAAAUGAUAAACUACUACAAACAACCAGAGAGAUUGAAGAGAAAAAUAAACUGAUGAGUGAGAAAGAGAGACUGCUGGAAAACACAGUCAAAGAACUGGAAACCAGUAAACAUCAACUGGAAACACUGAGAAAUGAACUACAGGAGAUGAAGACACAACUGGAUGAACAGAAAACCAAAUUCACUCAUCAGGAGAAAAUACUGCAAGAACACAAACAACAACAGCAACAAUCUGAUCAAGAAAUCAAAAAUCUGCAUUCUGAACUAGAACGACUGAAAAGCGAGUCAUCUACAUAUUUAUCUGAGUUGAAUGAAAAAUGCAAAUGUUUGGAAGAUACUGAGAAACUUUUAGGUGAAAUUGAGACACAAAUUAAAGAUCUCGAGAAAAGCAAAGAAACGGUUUUAGAGGAGAAGGAUGAACUUCUAAAUGAAUCAAAUUAUAAACUACUACAAACAACCAGAGAGAUUGAGGAAAAACAAACAGAAAUCGAAAAGAAAAAUAAACUGAUGAGUGAGAAAGAGAGACUGCUGGAGAACACAGUCAAAGAACUGGAAACCAGUAAACAUCAACUGGAAACACUGAGAAAUGAACUACAGGAGAUGAAGACACAACUGGAUGAACAGAAAACUAAAUUCACUCAUCAGGAGAAAACACUACAAGAACACAAACAACAACAGCAACAAUCUGAUCAAGAAAUCAAAAAUCUGCAUUCUGAACUAGAAAGACUGAAAAGUGAAUCAUCUACACAUUUAUCUGAGAUGAAUGAAAAAUGCAAACGUUUGGAAGAUACAGAGAAACUUUUAGGUGAAAGAGACGCACAGAUUAAAGAUCUUGAGAAGAGCAAAGAAAUGGCUUUAGAUGAGAAGGACAAAGUUCUAAAUAAAUCAAAUAUAAAACUACUACAAACAACCAGAGAGAUUGAGGAAAAACAAACAGAAAUUGAAGAGAAAAAUAAACUGAUGAGUGAGAAAGAGAGACUGCUGGAGAACAGAGACAAAGAACUGGAAACCAGUAAACAUCAACUGGAGACACUGAGAAAUGAACUACAGGAAAAAAACAGCAAACUACAACUACUGCUUGAGGAAAACAAACUACUGAAGAGUUCUGAAACGUCAGUCUUAACAGCACCAGUAAGACGACGACACAGUAAGGACUUGGAGCCUCCAGCGAUGAGUGGAGAAACAGCUUCAGUGUUGGUUUCUGGAUCAGAGCUCAGGUUGGUUCUUCUGGGGAGUGCUGGAUCUGAGAAGAGUGCAUCAGUAAACAUCAUCCUGAACAGAGAGGAGAAGAUCCAGACCGAUACAUCAACAGAGAUCCAGCAGAGUGAGAGCAGACAGGGGGAGGUGAAUGGGAAGCAGGUGACUGUGGUGGAAACUCCUGACUGGUUUUGCUCUGGUCUCUCUCUGGAGGAGGUGAGACCAGAUGUGGGACUUUGUGUCCGUCUGUCUGCUCCAGGACCUCACGCCUUCCUCCUGAUCAUACCAGUACAACAAUCUACUGGAGUAGAGAGAGCAAUGCUGGAGAAAAUGGAGGAGAUUUUUGGGGAGAAAUGUUGGAGAAACACCAUGAUCCUUUUCACUGUUACUGAUGAAGAACAAAAGAAGAACAUUGAGGAUUUUGUCCAGUCAGGGAAUCAGGAGGUCCAGAGACUUGUAGAGAAAUGUGGGAACAGGUUUCACUGUCUCAACAUUCAUCAGAGUGGAGAUGAUUCACAGAUCUCAGAGCUGCUAGAGAAGAUUGAGAAGAUGGUGGAAGAAAACACAGAGAGAUUUUACAGCAGUGAGAUCUACCUGGAGAUUGAGUCUCAGAUCAGAGCGAUGGAGAGAAAGAUCAUAAGAGACAGAGAGGAGAGAAAAGAGAGAGAGGAGAGAGAGAUGAAAGAAAAAAUAGAAAAGGAGGUGCAGAAGUCCCUUAGAAAGAUAGAGGGAGCGAUCAAAGAACAUGAAGGAGAUAUUCAACAACUUUCUGAGCGAACAGGUGAACUAGAGAGACAGAUGAGAGAAGAAAGAGAUGAAGAGAAGAAGAAAGAACUAAAGAGAGAGUUGGAGAAAGAGGUGGAGAAGAGAUCAAAGCUGGAGAGAAAGAUUAACAAACUGAAAGAUCAAAGAGAGAAGGAAAAGAGUGAGAUGGAGGAGAAACACAGACAGGAGAUGGAGGAAAUCAAACAGAUGUAUGCUGAAGAGGUCAGAGUGGAGACAGAGAGAAACAUCAUGAAGAUCAUCCUACCUGAACUUCAGAAAAACAUUUCAGACUCAAAGUCAAAGAUGCAGGAGGAGUUUAACAGACAGAUGGAGGAGAAAAACAGAGAGUUAGAGACACUGAAAAAUCACUUCUCAGAACUCAAGGAGAAUUACUCCUCACUGUGUGAGUUUCAUGAAUCAGCAAUGAAGAUCCUGAAAACUUCCUAAAAUCCUGUUUUAGAAAGAAAAUAUGAAGAGUUUUGUUGCAAAACGAAAUAACUCCGUUUUUAACAUUGUGUCAGAAAUGUUUAUUAUUAUGUUAUCAUGUUAUUAUUUUGUUUUAUGGGGCUACUUAGCUGUAUUUUUUAAGUUAUGAAGGUUUAAAUCAAAACAAAUUAACUGCAGUUGAAUUGAUAUUAAUUGGAAUGCACAACCAAAAAACGAGAUUUCUGAAAAAUAAAAAAAAACAGUGUUAUCUCGUUUUGCAACAAAACUCUUCAUAUGUCAGUUGAUGUUAGAAGUGUGUAAACUUAUCCAAUAUUGAUUUCUUGCAUUAUAAUGAGCCUAACAAAACACAUUGAAAGGACUUUGUAAGUGCUUCAUAUACAGUAAGAUGGUCUCAGAUGAUAAUACUGUUAAAGAAAUUGGACAUUCUUCACUGUAAAUAUUUAUAUAAAAGUACAUUUACUGAUGUCUUAUAAUGAGGUGUCUUUAAAUUUUGUAUAUUUUUGAUUUAUUAAAUUUUUUAUUCCUUCCUUCAUUUUGAUUUAUCAUAGAACUACUUUUAACAAGCAGGUUCUCAUUGUGUUUUGGGUAAAGUAUUGGUUAGUUUAAGAAAUAAUGAAUAUAAAAAUUAAAGUGAUGGAAACUACCCAGAUGCUUUUACCUUGUGAAAGUGUUCAUACAGCAUGUGUACAUAAUAUUUAUAGAUUACAAAGGCUGCAGUCAAUAUAUUCUGUAUAGAAUUGAUAUAACAGUUAUAGUAUAAUGGCCACAAGGUGGCGCCAAGUCUGUCUUGUUUAUCAGCAAUGUAAUUCAUGUGAAUAUUGGCUUUACAGCGGUAAAGUGCUGCCAUGUAAGUAUGUAUAUAUUCACCUCUUCAAUAACAUCUAUAGUUUACAAAAGAUAUAAUCAAAAACACAUUUUAACAUUUUACUAUGUUGCAUUUUUAAACACAAUGAGUAAACUUUGAAACAUUUCAUUUUAAUCGUUUCUGGAUCCUUUUAUGCAGGUGGAGCAGCUUACAUUUCUGUACUUAGCACUUGUACAGAGAUAUUUGUGUAUUUGGUCAAUGUAGCAAUAUUUCUUUAUUUCAUCACCUGUUACAAAUCAUGCUGAUCUGGGAUCAAGACAACAAGCUUGAUUUUUAAAGUCAUCCAUCACUCUUUACACUGUUUAUCCAUUAAGACUUAAUUAUUGCGUAUCAGAAUAAACGUUGUUUUAAAAUUACUGAUAAGACAGUCGAUUUAAAAAACAAUCAUUGCCCUGAAUUAUUUUUUGGUUUGUUUUUUGGUUGUUCUUACCAACAAUAGUGUGUUUGUUAUCGUAUACCCAUGUUGAUAACUCCCUUUGUCAACACAUCAGAUUGAUACUGAAAAUAGAUGACGAUAUCCAGACACAGAUGCUUUGUAAAUAGCUUGUUAAUUGGAUGCUGCACAAAUACUUGUGUGUUAUUGGUCAGAAGGUCCCGAACCGUCACAUCAUUUAAAGCAAUAAAUAUACUGCAGGUUCCACAUUGUUUUCCACCCUUGGAUA